GGCAUCGCGUGAAGUGUGCUCCCUGUCCUGCUGGAGUUUUGGAGAUGGGGGGUACAGUUUCUCUGCUUUCGCCCACCUCGUCAGAGCCCCCACCCCCAUCCUGGCCAGGAGAAACUGGGAACCCCUAAGUGAAAGGGUUUGGCCGAGUUCAGGUCCAGAGGGAGAGUCCUGGGCUGCAUCCGGGAGUUUUGAAUCUCCAGGCCUUCAGUACGCAUGCGGAGCCGAUCCCCCUGGGUGGUGUGGAGGCCGUCGCCCGCCUUGAACUUCGGGGCUGGUCAGGAGGCCCAGGUCCAGGCCGCUAGGCCGGGGGCCAGGUUCUUCUGGGACGAGUAAAUACCGUCUAAAUACCGUCACCUCCCCGACUGCAAAGUUCAGUUUCAGCUCCCUGCAAACUGUACUGCAGCACGGCUUCUGUAAGCCGCUUGGGGCAGGCUAGGGCGGGGCCUGGCAGACCCCCGGUAAGCCGGGCGGGCCUCCAGGAACGCUCUCCUCCCCACCCCCAGCCCAGAUUGCCACGGUGGCGCUGGUGGCGGCUGUGAGACCGAACGCCUCCAGCCUUGGCGGCCUUGCAAAUGUAACCUGUAAUCCCGACCCGGAGCGAGGUCCGCGCGGGAGGCGCCCCGCCCACCUCUCCCUGCGGCUGCUGGUCAGCUGGGACCUCUAUAAUCAGUCGCGCUGAAGCACCUGCCGGAUGUGGGGAGGGAGGAGGAGACCAGUUGUGGCGUGGCGGAUGGAAGCGCCAAGUCUCUGGUCAGCGCCUUGGUAGGGAAGCUGGAUGGGCAAGACUGCAAUAGCCCCCGGGAAACCAGCCCUGGGCUUCGGGGCGACUACUUUGGUUGGUCCUGCCCUCCAGGAACGCGCGACUUGGCAGCUGAGCUCCUACUGCCUCCCUGUUAUGCAGCUGCUCUGGCAGACCCCAGGGACUGUAAAGUACGAUGGGACAAGCCCUCGACCUUCACUGAACCCUUCCAGCUUCCCAGCCACCCCCAUAUCCCCUACUCCCAACCCCCACCCCACCCUGCCCCUUGUCUUCUCCCAGCUUCGGUGUCCGGUUACGGGCUCCUCACUUCUCACUGUGACUUUGGCCCAGCUAGGGGAAGUGGCCCAGGAGGGUCCCGUGCGGCUGCAUGAAAUUGGCAGCUUCAGAACUGGAGGGAGGGGGUUGAGUGCGACGUUGAGAGGCGGGGAGAGGAGCGGAGGAGGUGCUCUCUGAGUCCAAGUCCGUGGGCUCUCUCAGAUCCUCAAGCUGGAGCAGAGGUGGCUGGCAGGCCCAGCGGAUUGUUGGCCUCUGCUUUCUUUCCACCGCCUGCUUUUUCCCACCGGAGAAACGGCUGUUCUGAAGGGCUUAGUCCUGGACACUAGGGUGCCACGAACGCGCUGAUGCCCGGAGUGCUCGCAGGGCUUCCAGCUAACCAUGCCGCAGCAGCCCAUAGCUGCCCGGGCGCCGCCCUCGCUGCUCCUGCUCCUGCUGCUGCUGCUGCUGCUGCGGACGCCGCCCCCGACAGGCGCACCGCCGUCCCCAGGCCCCGAUUACCUGCGGCGCGGCUGGUUGCGGCUGCUGGCGGAGGGCGAGGGCUGCGCUCCCUGUCGGCCAGAAGAGUGCGCCGAGCCGCGGGGCUGCCUGGCCGGACGGGUGCGCGACGUGUGCGGCUGCUGCUGGGAAUGCGCCAACCUCGAGGGCCAGCUCUGCGACCUGGACCCCAGCGCCCACUUCUAUGGGCGCUGCGGCGAGCAGCUUGAGUGCCGGUUGGACGCGGGCGGCGACCUGAGCCGCGGAGAGGUGCCGGAGCCUCUGUGUGCCUGCCGCUCGCAGCGCCCGCUCUGCGGGUCGGACGGCCGUACCUACGCGCAGAUCUGCCGCCUGCAGGAGGCGGCCCGCGCUCGGCCUGACGCCAACCUCACGCUGGCGCACCCGGGGCCCUGCGAAUCCGAGCCCCAGAUCGUGUUGCACCCAUAUGACGUUUGGAAUGUGACGGGGCAGGAUGUGAUCUUUGGCUGCGAGGUGUUUGCCUACCCCAUGGCAUCCAUCGAGUGGAGGAAGGACGGCUUGGAUGUUCAGCUACCAGGGGAUGACCCCCACAUCUCAGUGCAGUUCAGGGGUGGACCCCAGAGGUUUGAGGUCACAGGCUGGCUGCAGAUCCAGGCUGUGCGUCCCAGCGAUGAAGGUAUCUACCGCUGCCUGGCCCGCAACGCCCUGGGCCAGGUCGAGGCCCCAGCUAGCCUGACAGUGCUUACACCAGACCAACUGAACUCCACAGGCAUCCCCCAUCUGCCAUCCCUGCAUCUGAUUCCUGGGGAGGAGGCUGAGAGUGAAGAGGGCGAGGAUUACUACUAGGUCUGCAGCCCCAGGCUGUGGGGGUGCGUGAGUGGGGAGAGUAUUCAUCCCUGCUCUUGAAAAGACCUGGAAGGGGGAGCAGGGCCCUUUCAUUGCUUUAGUGCCCUUCGUAGGGGGAACAUGGUGGUGGUUAAGUAGGGAGACAAAAGUUGGCAGAGCGUAGGGAGAGAGGCAGAUGCUAGGGGAAGUGGGAAGCAAAGAGGCCUAUGGAGGAGGUGCCCUGGCCAGGACAGCCUCCAGCAUAGACCAACCAGGCAGAAGACAGCAGCUGCCUCCUGGUCGCUAGGCUGGGUGGGAGUAUCAGGGAAGGGGGUUGCAGAGGAAACACAAAGAGGCAGCCGGGAUCCUCUGCUUCUUCCUGACAGCCUUCCCUCCAGCCCUCUUCAGCCAGUCUUCUGAACUACCCUUUGCCACAACUCCUACUGUUAUUUUUCUAGUCCCUAACCUUUGCCUAGCCUCAGUUUUCCCUUCCUCAAAACUCACCUAGAAAUUUCCCCCCUCACCUAAGUUCUAAUUGCACUUACUAACAGCAGUCUUCUUUGCUGUUGGCCAUCUGUGGUCUGGAAAAGCAUAAUGGAGCACGGUUUAGGCCAGUGCAUUAAGAUGGGCAUUUGGUUAUGUCUGACUUCUGUCCUUCUGGAAAAUUCGAGGCCAGGACCAUAUCUUAUACCACUCUGUAUUGGACACUGCCUAGCACAGGACUAGGCACAGUAGGCAUGCAAUAAAGAUUUAUGAACAAACUGA